AUGUCAAGCGAUAUGCUGCAGGCUUUGACAUUGCUCUGUCUAUACUCUACUUCCGUCCACAAAGAAGGACUCAUGGACGACUGGUUGCUGAGCGGAAUCUCGAUCAACCAUGCCCUUAUCUCAUUUAACUUCCUCAACACCUUGCCGGGAGACAAUUUAAAUCCAGACGAGCUACUGGCUCAGUUGCGUCUGUGGAACACACUUUGCGCAACCCAGCUCCACUCUGCCCUUGCAAACGGCCGUACCGUCAACAUCCAACAACAAUUCAUCGACCAAUGCCCCCGCGUCCUCGAACACGCAGCCGCCACACCAGAAGAUGGGAGGAUCGUCGCAGAAAUCCAACUAUACCGCAUCGCUCUCCGACUUCAACACACCCAGCACCGCGUCCAAUUCGCAGAAACCGAAUACGAAGAUCUGGAACGCUGGAAAAUGGAAUGGGCCCAUCUCCUAACCACCAGCGAAGACUCAACCCUCAAUCUGAACCUUUGGUUCUGCCAACUGCUCCUCUACCGAACAGCCGCCCGUGUCCAACCGGACAGCGAGCGCCUCCUCCCAGAAAUAUGCGGCACGGCCCGCCUAAUAAUCAACCAAUUCCUCCAAACGCGCUUCACCACCGCUCCCGCUUUAAUCGACCACGUAUACUUCAUUGUCGGCUACGCUGCGCUCACACUCUGCGACUACACGCUCACCGACCCACUAAUCAGCCAAGUCCGCGGCUUCCUACUGCACCUCGCGCCCGGCGGCGACAACCUCUCAUAUCGGAUCGCGUGCAUUGUCGGCGAAGUACAACGGCGGUAUUCGGAGACAAGUGCUGUUGUGACUGCGGGGUCGCAUUCCUCGUCGCCGGUCGCCGAGGUCAAGGGCGUGCAGAUGUUUGGUGCAUCGCAACAUCAUCGUUCCGGCAUGGAUAUCUCGCAGCUCAUGUCUAGCGCGGAGGGCUUGGAUUCCCUUGUUGAGGGGUAUAAUUGUCUCGAGCAGAUGAUGCCUGGGUAUACGACUUCUCAACCUUCGUUUGAAGCCCCAGAUUUGUUUCAUUCUCCGACGACUGGAACAACUGGUGGAGCUAUGCCGAUCGGGCUAGUGCCGAGGGCGUUGCAUGAUUGGUGA